AUGAUGGGUCAGAUGCGUGACCAGUCCAAAGGUGAAGCUCAAUGGAUCGAGUUUUUGAAGGAUGUCCACUUUCUUACUAAGGAAAAACACGUAGAGUAUGGAACUGUCUCCCCUCAAAGCUCCUUCAAGGGUGGCUGCCCCUUUGCCAAAGAUGCUGCAGGAAGGGAGAUUUUGAAACCUGCAUACACUGUGGUAAGUAAUUUCGGUUUCAGAAUGAAAACAUAAAAUGGAAACCAUCGAUAAAAAGAGCUUUCUAACGUACAACUAAGGUGCGGGAAUUUCUUUUCGUUCCCUAGUUUUUUAAAUAAUGUCAAACAAUUGUCACUGUCUGAUGUUUUUCCCACUUUCAGAGCAAAUCUCGAAACAUGAAUCAUUCUAAAGAAUCUAUUACCUGAAGUGAAGAGAAAAGUGAUAGCUCACGGCUGAUUUAUUUGAGCUGUUGUGUACCGGUUCCUAGUGAAUAUUCUCGUUUCUAGUUUAACUUUACACUUGGACCCGCAGUGUCCAUAUUCUUUGACGGUUGAGGAGAUCCUCAAGAAGUGCCCAGUUUUUGGCAAAGGUGUGUGCCCAUAUAAAGCUCUUGCUGAUGAAAUGAAAGGAAUCGCCGGAAACUGCCCUGGUUUCAAAAACGGAUGUCCAUUCAAGAACCUGAAAACUAUGGGUGAGUACGUGGGCAAACUGGCCGAAAUGCGAGAUAAGACAGCCACUCCUAAGGGUCGAGCUGCAUUCGAGAAGCUGAUGAAGAGGGUUCAUGAGAUCUCCAAGGAGGCUGAGAAGAAGGCUGGACCUUGGCCAUUCCCUCCAGAUACCUGCCCAAUCUUUGCCCGUGAUGCCCAUGGAAAGUGCAUCAUGCCAAAAUACAAUUAGGCUUCCUCAGAGUGGAAGGAGAAGGAUCUGACUGAGUCAACUAGCGUAUAUGUAGUUUUUUUGCAGAAAUGACUUUUAGUUCCAUUUUGGUGUCUUGUUUAAGAGUAGGUUUUUAAGUCAGUCAGUUUCCUCUCGAUAUUUUAACUUUUUUAUAUGUUGGGAUCUUUAUUGGUUGGGCAAGAAGCCUCGGUAUAUGAUGAGAUGAUGAGAUAGGUAUGAAAUUAUCUAUGGAGAGCUCCCGCUCAUUCAGCCGGGCUGUAAUGACCCUAUUCCUUAGAGUAGUGUGUGUAGAACUGCCUGAGCAAGUGAUGCUACUUUGUAGUAUUUUGCUAUAUGUGCUCCUUGCUACUGAUGUUUCGGUGUUGGGCUUUUUCCGGAGAGGGUUUUUAAUUAUUUGGCCAUAAAUAACUCCCCUCCCUGUUUUCAAAGUGUUUAUCCUAUGACGAGAUUAACGUAGGGACUUUCAGGUCAUUCUUUGGUCAUAAUUGCAUCCGAUCAUGUGCUCAAGCGCAGCUUCAACGCUGUAACAUUAUUCAACCUUUUCGUAAAAGAAUAAAAAUAAAGCUCUUAUCUUCGGGGUUUCACGUUUAGUUUUCUGUGAUUUAAAAGCGACAGCUUAUUUCUGCAUGGGGUUCUUAAAGGAAAAGUAACGUGAAAUUAUAUCAGUAUGUUUUUAUGUGAGGACGGCCACUCGCCAUCUAAAUUGCAAUCAAGUUCGCAUAUGUUAUUGAAUCAUGUCCUUUAUCUAAAGGUUACUGUCAACAAAAUAGGGUGCCUUCCGGAAAAAUCGUCCUAUGUGCGUCACUUUUAAAGAAACCAUUAAACCAACACCGCCAAGUUCAAUUGAUCAAUUUUUAUUCACACAAACAUUAACUUGUACUUUGCAAUAUUAUCUGCAGACUUUCAAAUUGUGAUUCAAACAUUCACAUAAGCCUUUUGAAAUCCAAUUAAAACAUUUAAUUACGCGCUCCAAACAUAAAAAUAGUCGGUUAAAACUUUCAGUUAAGCAGGUUAAACAUUUUAUUAUAAACAUCAAACCCUUGCAGUGACAUUUAAAUGGUAACUUGAAAUUAGCGUUUUUAAUUCAACCCUCACGUCCUUUAACGAAACUUUCAUCUUGGUAUUCAAAUAUAUUAAUCACACUUUCAUGUCGGACGCUCAUUAUUCGAUUCAAACAUUCAAUUCCGAUAUUCAAUGUAAACAUUCAACUCGAACAUUCAAAGCAAACAUGCAAGUCGAACAUUUAUAGUGAAUUAACAUUCAGUUCGAACAUUCACUGCAAACAUUCCAUGCAAACAUGAAAUUCAGCAAUAUUCAGUUCAAAUCAUCAUUCCAAAUUGCCGGUUUCCUUUGCUUUUGGAGUGCUUCGGACGUGUGGCAUUAAUUAUUCUGCGAUUUUUACAGCACUUCAAAGAUAAGUUUGAGAAUGUUUAUUGCUUCUUUUUUGUAUUUUCAAGGGUUAGUAUUUGUGCCUUAGAGUUUAUAAAUUUCUUUUUAUCUAUAUGCCAGAGGGCUCGAGAACAUGGCACAGAGUAAAUUCGGCCGCGGCGGAUCGAGUUAAGCCAUCUUUGAAGAACCCCAGUGGGAUCUAGUCUGAGUAAAGACUGCCCUGUCCUUUCUCUUUUAAAAGUGAGACCUUGACUUUUAUGAUAAUCUUUAAGUAUUCUUAAGCCCAAACUGUAUCACUGCAACGAUAUCGCCGAGGUCAUGGGUUCAAAUCCCGUGAAGGCCUAAAUUUUUUCAGGCCUCAUUUUCACUGCUUAAGUAGUGUACAUUACUGCGAAGAUCGCUUUCAUAUUCGUGUAUUAAUUUAUUGCCGAACAAACCUGUACUUAAUGACCAUUGCCAGUCUCCUUGCAAUUACAAACCUCUUGCAUUUUUAGAAUAUCACUGCAAUUAACCCACGAAAGGCGACAGUUUAAUAAACCGAACAGAAACUGGUCAGUGGUUAAGUAACAGAAAGCUUAUCAGUCAGUUACAUUACGUGGGUGUUUAGAUAACUGCCGGAUAGUCUCAAUCCUGAAGUAUUGCGAUACGUUUUACACCCAAUAUCAAAAUCUAAAUUAUCCGCUUUGCAAUACAUAGCUUUUAGUUCCAGCUCUGAGAUUUGGGCAUCAGAACACCUUGACACCUUGGUCGUCAAAGACAUUGAGUCUCACACUCACUUAGGCUUAACUUUGCAGAGUAAUAUGUCGUGGAGAAAUCGUAUAGUUAAGAUGUAUAAGAAAGCUUCUAAACGAUUAAAUAUACUGAAAUGUGUCAAAAACAAUGUUGAUAGAUCCACGUUAACAUUUUUGUACAAAAGGCUGAUUAGACCAAUCAUGGGAUACGGGGAUGUUAUCUGGAACAACUGUCAUAAUUGCGAUUCAGCUUCCUGGAUAAUGCGACGUUGAUCAUUCAAAUAACUCUGGCUAGAAAAAGCGCUCUUCAUUUUGAUAAGUACAAGUGGAUUUCGUUCAUGAGAAGUAGCUUCGAAGUUCAUUAUAAAGCACUAUUUUUUAAUAAGUGAUUGCGGGCGAGGAGCUGGAGGGUCAUUUAACAAAGACCAUUUAUCUAAAAUCCACUUUACUUAAGUAAUGAGAUAACUAACCAUUGACCGCCAGGAGUAAAAGCCAGAAGUAUAUCAAUAGGGAUCUAGGAUAGAGCAAACUCAGAGUCUAAUUCAUUAAAAUUCUCAAAAUAAAUCACAUCAAUAGCAGCACGUUUACGGAAAUAAAUCACUAUGUACUGCUCAAAUAUAUAUGUUCUCUCUUUUGUUAAGCGUCAAUACAUUCACCGUUAUAAGAGUGAGUAUGCCAGUUGAAGUCUCUGAUUUUCUGUUUACGUAGAAGACAAAAAAAAAACAAAAAAAAACAUACAGAUGCAACAACAUGAGAGCCAUUCGUUUCGGCCUGGACCAAUUUGUAUUCGGACCCUCUCAAAGAAUGCCGUUUUCCACUUUCUAGAAUAAAGUAUUCCAAUCGACAACGAAGCUCUAGAUGCAUCGAUCGCUGAUGCAAAGAUCUUGCACGACAAGAUUGAUUUCUACUUUAAGUUCAAGCGUCCAAUUUCCAGCGAGGACUUUUAAGCUCUCUAUGCAACCACUAAACUCGGUGUGGAUAUACUUCAGAAAGUCUUGUGAAUACUGCAUGGAGUUUACUCCCUUCACUAAUUCGGGAAGAGGGGCGGUGCGAUGAAUGCGGGCGACCUUCAUCUUAAACGACAACUAGCGGGCUGAAUCUACGCCUGCUAGCGCUUAAGCAAGAGAGCGACAAACAAUGAUCCAGGUGGAAUCAGCGACGAUAAAGGCGAGAGUUAAUCUGUGGUAAUGGCAUGGCCUGGAAACCCGCGUUUUUCGGUGGGUUUGCCUUGAGAUGCACUUGGUGAAAAAAGAGCCACCAUGCGAUUCCCUUUGGCAGAAAAAAGAAAAACUACAAUGUGAGCUCUUUCUCUUCACCAGAUGAGGUCUGGUUUUUGUAAAUACGCCCAUAGGGAAACACAAGCUUUGCGGAGAGUCUCCUGACGAUCAUAGGCAAAAAGCUGGCCUUGCACAUGCAUACACUCACACCCCAUUGCUUUCGAACUACAUCGUUUAAUGUUCUAAAAGCUGCAGGCUUAGAAAACUACCGAGCGAAGAGUGUAACAGGCCAAGCGAGGUAAAAAUCUGUGAGUUGUACUAAAGGGGAAAACUAGCCGGAGAGCGCGCCACGCUUAGCGAAAGGCAAUAAGGACUCUUAGCAUGUUCUUCUGAUCUCCACUUGAAUCCAUCUAAUACAAUUACACUCGCACCAAAUUCAUUUCACUCUCCUCCUUUUCCACUCCAACUCUAAAUCAUCUAGAUCAUAGUCUUAUCGAACACUCUCUCUGUGAUUCCCUCCGACUGCUUACUCUAAAGAACACAUCUUUUUUCCGAUAGGCAUGAGAAGGCAUGCUGGCUAACUGACCUUUAAAGAUUAAAAAUUGUUAUUAGAGCACUAACCCAAACACUUUUACAAGAAUCUCACAAAUGAACAAUGAACCAAAACAGACUUAUUGCUAAAAACUCGAGAGAAUAAGGUUGAACUCGAGAAGGUUUCUAGUUAGGAAAAUCAUGCAACUUUCUAUGCAGAGACUAAAGAAGUAAUUGAUAAAUAAUGGAAGAGAGUGGCUCCUGAUAAAGUUCUCUCAUUCUUCAUGAUAACCAUUUUUCAUUUCAGUAGUCGUCCGUUCUGGAGACAGCUUGCAUGCAGUUUCUUAGCUUUUCAAGUUAUGAGCACGAGGCAUUUUCAUGAUGAUUAUGUAACCUUAUGACCUGACCCUAUUUCAAAAUGCUAACAAUGCAAACACGCGAGGGUACAUGUGAGUUGACAAGAAAUGAAAAACAGAACCAUACAGGAAAUUUUUCAAUCGUAGUUACCUCAAUUCGUGGUCAGUUACACAGUCGAAACAUCACUUUUGAUUUAUUUGAUAGCUUCAAUGUACAGCACUCGGUUUUUCCAGGCUUCAGCAAGCUACACCCUAUGUGGGGCAACAUUGGAAAAAUCAGUUGCUACAAUAGAACCUUGCACCAGUAAGGAUCGAGUUGCUUAUUUAAGAUGAAAGCUUUUGCCACACCCAGAACGCUGUCAUAGCUCUUAAAUAUCACAUCAUCACUUUCAAACCGAGGCUAUCACGGCAUGAGUUACAUGGUUCUAGAGACUCGAUAGAGCUAUAAUCUUAUUAAAGCCGGCAGUCACAUGACAAAUUUUGUCAAGCGUUUUUUUUGUCUGAGAAAAAAAUUCUUGAAGAUCGAUGUCGAAGUUACCUUAGUCCGUUGUGCAUUAUCUGAAAUUCUCGAGGAUUAAGAAAAUAAACCAAAAAAAAUGGGCGAUGUCGGCGCAUCCGUGAAAGUUCUUUACUUUCAUCUAUUAUCAUAAAAACCCUUUUUGCAACUUCUAAGGUUUAAUCAAUCAAAUUUCAACUAUGCCAUGUUUGUCGAGCAAGGUCAAGUUCAACACAUUUUUUUUUUGUUAAAUUAAAACAGGGAAAUUAGCUUCGCCUUGGAUAGAGCCAUCUACGACGCUGAGGUAUUUUGGUUGUGCAAUGACGAGUAAAACUUAUUUUUUGCAGCUGUCCGUGAACCAGAUCUGUGGUUCACUUCAGCUGCACUUCAGGCCCUGUGACCCUUUGAUUUAAUAACAAUAUUGGCGAAUAUCACGAAAUAGCCAGCUGUGGUCAGUGAUGUGAACUAUAAUGCCAAGUAGUCAAACUGCAAUUAUAGAAACCUUGUUUGGUCUUUCAAUAUUAUGCAAUGUUAUCCAAUGCCAAUGAUGCAAAGUUAUAUCACCAAGUUGUCCAACCGAAAAGUAAGAAGAGAAACGGAACACUUCAGCAAAAAGAAAACUUAACUGAAGUUACGCUUUGAGUGAAGACUUUCAAUUAUUUGGUUCUCUAAGUAUACAAGUGAGCGUGGAAUUGAUGAAUAUGUUGUUCGUGACUUCUUGUGUUGUUUUGAAAAGUAAUUUUCAUUCGUUCUGACCUUUGAUGGUCUGAGAUAGUCAAGACCUGUUGUAUUCUGGGAUACAAAGAGUUUCAAAAGAGCUUUCGGGAUCUGGAGUCUUAAAGACUGAAAUCAGAGGGUUUACGAAAAGCAAAGAUAUCAGUUUUGGAACAUGUCGUUGACUGACUCACCAACAAAGUGAAAGUCGUAAAAACUUAAUCAAACUUGAGUCAGGGAGUAGGCAAUCAUCAUCAUGUUUUCAAAAACAGACAGGUGUGCGACCUUACGUAACUUGACACAUGUGCAAGGGUGACAAGAAUAUACUUUUAACACACAAAUAACUCAAGGUACUCUUCUAAACCCCUGAAAUAUGCGAUUAAACGAUUAAAAAGUAUCAUAAUUGUUGUUCAGCUUUUCUGGAUAGUGUGAAACCGCUGUUUGAUAUCUUUUCAUUAUCUUUUGAUAUCUUUUCAUUAUCUUUUUAUAUCUUUUCAUUAUCCUUCCACUUGAAAAUGUAUGGAUUGUAAUCAGGAAUGCGAGAUCAGGUGAUGCGGAAAAGGCAGAUUCUUUCCCGUGCAGUUCAAAGGUGUAUCAGAAUGUAUUACCCAAACUUACUUUAAGCCUUAGCUCGUAACGGCAAAGCUAAAUACAGUUCUAGGUAAAGACUGGAUUUGAACACUUAUUAAAACUGGUGCGGGGGCAUUGAAAAGUUCAAUUCUGUCUGAAUUAGAUCGAUGAGCUGGUGGUGCCUUUUAUGAUGGUCGACAAAUAUAUAUAUCUAUUUUUAUGUUGAGUCAAUCAUCUUGGUUUGCCAAAAAAAGAGUUUUAAGUGAGCAAGAUUUGGACGGUCCUCCUAUUGAUACGAAUAAUCAGAAACUUUAAAACAAAUUUAUAGGCGUUGUAAAAACAUUGGUUAGGCUUAUCACGUUUUUUUAAAUGCAUGAUACAUUGCGACGUGUGUGGGAAAACCUGUUUGAUCGAGAAUAACCUGUUUUGAUGCGUCAAUCAUCCAACGUUAUUUACCUCGAUUUUACUUUUGAAUUGAUACACCCAACCCCAGCAUAAUCAGUUGAGCCAGUCAGUAACAGUGUGAACUACUAAAGCUUACGAGUCUCUGAAGUAUUUUUGGGAGAAAGUCUUUCUGCAAGACAUUUUAGAGCUAUACAUGGCUUCAUCUAAGUUAGUAAGUGACUCAGUCAUGAGGUUAGACAAGGAUUUCAAUUAAGUGCUGUCUCAAAUUUUUCAUUGAGGAGCUAAAGCUACAGAAUUUGAUUUUCAAUCUGUGUGACUCUCCCUAAUUACUGUCUUUUUUAAUUAUAAUAUUGAACUCUUUUAUCCUGAGGAAAUAUUACCAGUGCUUGUCGCUUCUGGUGCAGUAUCCUAAAAGAGAGUGACGAAUGAUGUUGUUAUUAUUAUUGUCGUCCAUUGCAUGGUCUUUGAAGGAUAGGAAAAAAGUAGUAAUCACAUUGAGAGUGAGCUCUUUGGACGAUUAACAAAGCGAAAAAAAGCUAAGUUCAUGAAAGCAAUGUUUUCUUCCCAUGAAUGAAUCAAAUUUUAUCUCAAUGGAUAGAGUGCAAAAUGGGGAAAUCUAAACUAUUACGUUCUCUCGUGAGAUCUCAAGAAACAGUACAAAUGUCGAGCUUGUUUUUUUUGUAUUAGAAGUAAAAUGAAGAAAAAAAUUAUAGUUAUUGGUAUUGUAGUGGCUCGACAGUUCACUUUUUGUUUUCGUCUUCUCAAAUUAAAGCCGUUGACGCUAUGGUCUUUUAUCUCAGCCCAGAAAACCUUUAAAAAAUUGAAUACGAACUUUCUUUUGCAAAUCUUUGACUUUCAAGAACACAUAAAAAGGGGAACUAGCAAGGAGACAAAGGCACAGGCUUUAUAGGAACCCAUUGAUAAUCGAGAAGUUUCCUGGUACAUUUCAACAUGUCCGCUAUUAAACCAUAAAACUAAACAAACAGAAGAUAUGCCCCGGGUUAAGAAGAUGAUAAAGUCGUUCAAAUUGUAGCCACAGAACAUUGUAAGCCCAUAGCUUCUGUUUGGCAAGACGUUGUCUUUAUAACAAUAAGCAAUAUCUUGAUGUGUCGCCACUUUCGUCUUUCGUCUUGCUCAAUUAUCCGCACAAAGGGAAUCAUUUUUAUGAAAUUAUGUAGUGCAGACACAACGUAUUUAUGAGAUGAAAUUACUGUAAUUAAUCGUUUCAGUUUUUCAUUUUUCUGAGUUAAACUUAGAACUUUCUAUUUCGAGCGAUCAAAGUAGUAUUUGAGCAGCACACUCCGCGUUAAAAUUUGGAAGUGGAAGCUGAUCUAAAAGUCGGAGCAAAUUCUGUUCUCUACAGUCAACAAGAUAUCAACCCAGACAGCUUUUUGAGAAUGAAUGUACUUGACCGAAUUUGGAAAGUACAAAAAUACACCCAUUUACCUAUGCAGUGAUUUCAUGGGAGACACCACAGAAAUGAUGAAAUCGUUGAGGACUCAGGAAAUAAAUGACUCUCAAAACUCUCUCUGUCUGAUCACAAACACAGUUCUCGGUCGCUUUGUAAGCAUGAUUUUGUAAGUGCUUUAAGUCAAUCGUUUUCUUGCUAAUCUCACAACUAUAUUGGUUUAACAGCUAGGAUAUGCUAAAUGUAUGGCGGCAAAUGGUAAAUGUUUUGGAUUCCGGCCGUCAUAAAUUAGGAAUCGCCUCGUUGAGCUUAGUUUUCCGUUUUUCUUUAAACCUUUAAGGAGUCAGACGUCACCGUGGAUUACAUAUCGAAGCACUGCCCAGCAUUUUUCGGUGGUCGCUGCCCAUAUACCAAGCUUGCUCAAGAAAAGAAAGGCGUCUGUGCCAAAUGCCCUCCUUUCAACAAUGGCUGCCCCUUCAAACAAUGCAAGACUGUGGGUGAGCUUCAAGACAUGAUGGGUCAGAUGCGUGACCAGUCCAAAAGUGAAGCUCAAUGGAUUGAGUUUUUGAAGGAUGUCCACUUUUUUACAAAGGAAAAACACGUAGAAUUUGGAACUGUCUCCCCUCAAAGCUCCUUCAAGGGUGGCUGCCCCUUUGCUAAAGACAUUGCUGGAAAGGAGAUUUUGAAACCUGCAUACACUGUGGUAAGUAAUUUCGGUUUCAGAGUGAAACUACAAAAUGAAAACCAUCGAUAAAGAGCUUUCUAACGUAUAGCUCAGGUGCGGGAAUUUGUUUUCUUUCCCCAGUUUUUUAAUUAAUGCCAAACGAUUGUCACUGUCUGGUGUUUUUCCCACUUUCAGAGCAAAUCUCGAAACAUGAAUCAUUCUAAAGAAUCUAUUACCUGAAGUGAAAAAAAAUGUGAUUAGCUCACGGCUGAUUUAUUUGAGCUGUUGUGUACAGUUCCCGGUAAAUAUUUUCGUUUCUAGUUUAACUUUACACUUAAACCUGCGGUGUCCAUAUUCUUUGACGGUUGAGGAGAUCGUCAAGAAAUGCCCAGCUUUUGGCAAAGAUGUGUGCCCAUAUAAAUCUCUUGUUGAUGAAACGAAAGGAAUUACCGGAAACUGCCCUGGUUUCAAAGACGGAUGUCCAUUCAACCUGAAAACUAUGGGUGAGUACGUGGGCAAAUUGGCCGAAAUGCGAGAUAAGACAGCCACUCCUAAGGAGCUGCAUUCGAGAAGCUGA